GUGGGGUGGGGGGCGGGGGCGGGCCACGCUGGGUCAAGGUCCUCCGGCGCCUAAGGUCGAAGCCCGGGCGCCUGCGAUCAGAUGACCUGGGUGUGGACCAGUCCGGUGUCCCGGCCUCCCGGGGCUCAGUUCCGAGCCGGGCAAGCGGCGCUAGGACCCCCGGGCAGAGCCUCGGGCUGAGGGGGAAUGCCUUACAUGGUUUCUCCGCGGUCACCGCGUCCUCCCGCCGCCCAAAAUAGCCCCUGGCGCCUGUGCCCCUGCCUCAUGGCCGGGACAUGGCUGCUGCCUCCGAGCCCGAGCCGUUGGCCGCAUCCUGGGGACCCGCACGCCCGGAGCCCCCGCCCACCCGCUUCCACCCUGUGCACGGCGCUAACAUCCGCGUGGACCCCUCCGGGACACGGGCCACGCGCGUGGAGAGCUUCGCCCACGGCGUGUGCUUCAGUCGCGAGCCGCUGGCGCCGGGCCAGGUGUUCCUGGUGGAGAUCGAGGAGAAGGAGCUGGGCUGGUGCGGGCACUUGCGCCUCGGCCUGACCGCGCUGGACCCCGCCGGCCUGGCCGUCGUGCCCGAGUUCUCGCUGCCGGACCUGGUCAGCCUCGGCCACACCUGGGUCUUCGCCAUCACGCGCCACCACAACCGCGUGCCCCGGGAGGGCCAGCCGGCGGCCGAGGCACUGGCCCCCAGCCGACCGCCGGCGCUCCUGGUGGAACCCUAUCUGUGCGUCGAGCAGUUCCGCAUCCCGCGGGACCGCCUGGUGGGCCGCAGCCGGCCGGGGCUCUACAGCCACCUCCUGGACCAGCUCUACGAGCUGAACGUGCUGCCUCCGACCGCGCGCCGGAGCCGCCUGGGCGUCCUCUUCUGCCCGCUCCGGGACGGCACCGCCGACAUGCACAUCGUCAUCAACGGCGAGGACAUGGGCCCCAGCGCCCGGGGGCUGCCCGCUGCCCAGCCCCUCUACGCCGUGGUGGACGUGUUCGCCUCCACCAAGAGCGUGCGCCUGGUCCAGCUCGAGUAUGGCUUGCCCUCCCUUCAGACUCUGUGCCGCUUGGUCAUCCAGAGGAGCGUGGUGCACCGGCUGGCCAUCGACGGGCUCCAUCUACCCAAAGGGCUCAAGGAUUUCUGCAAGUAUGAGUGAUGGCCAGCAGCCCCCCCCCCCCCCCCCCCGGGGCAGGACCACAGGAGCGCACCCUGGCCCCGGAGCUGCGGGCUGGUCGGAAGCUGGCCACGGUGCUGCGAUGCGAGCCAGGACCGGAAAUAAACGCAGCCAGUGCUGACACUGAUCCUUGUAGGAUCUCCUUGUCCCUGGAACCUGUGAGAGACGCUUCUAGAAUCACUGUGGGUCAGCAGGUCAGAGCUAGAGAGCAUCUCAGACAUCGGCAGACCAAUGGUUCCUGGCCUGGCCACUGGCUGGCAUGAUGGGAUACUUAGAAUGUCUAGUCCCAGGCCCCAUCUAAGAUUCUCUUUACACUUGUUGGGGGACUGGGUCUAGGGUUGAGUAGUGUUUGCUGGCAGUAGAGGCUUCAGUUCCAGCACAUGGUCAUCAGCUGAGGAGUUUUGAAAAAUAGUCAUACCUAGGGGCCGGCGCUGUGGCACAGCAGGUUAAGCCGCUGCCUGCAGUGCCGGUAUCCCAUACGGGCGCUGGGUUGAGUCCUGGCUGCUCCAUUUCCAAUCCAGCUCCCUCCUAAUGUGCCUAGGAAAUCAGCAGAGGAUGGCCCCUGUAA